GCCCAACGACCCGACAAGGUUCCCGGGUUUCUGGAUUAUGGAGGCGUAGGGUUGCUUGACACAUAUUGGACCUCGACGCCGCUCGACCGAUGAACCAUCAUAAGAGGUUUUGGUCUGGACGUUCCAUGCAGUUGCAGAACACAAGCCACGGGACUGCAUCAAAGCCACCAGACGAUCCACGCCGUAACCCCCGGCUGGUCUAAGAGCGCUGAACGCCGGGGCAGGUCCUACCUGGUUGGUGUCAUAGCCAAAUGCGUACGUUUGUACGUCGGAAGCCGCCCAAGUCCACGGCGGUAAUAGGUCAUUUGGUCUGUCUGUUAUGUGACGGCAAGCACGCACUCGAAAUUUGCCGGUUUUUGCAACUGUCCGGGUAUGGUCAUGGUGGUUGGUUGCCGGGACUCGGCGGAGCCUUGCAGCCGGGGCCCGGUGAGGUCGGGCCAGAUAAUGCCUUUCGGGGGGCCAACAAGUCAGGCGGUAUGAGACCCAACCCAGAUGUGCCGUUCGAGGUUUCAAUGGAGUCGCACGCGGCUGUUACAGCACGUGCAGUAUGCGAAGUUCGUGACUCAGAGGCGAUGAUACCAUGGUCUCAUUUCUGUUCCAUGUGAAGACAACUGUUAACACUAAGCCGUCGGCUAGGUCUUGAUAGAAAACGGCAGCUUUGAUUGACGUAAUGCCGGGCCGAAGUGCAGAGA